CCGGCGGCGGCUGGAGCUGGGCGGGCAGCCCCCGGCUCCCGGAGCGGGCGGGCAGCCCCGGAGCGGCGGGGGCGGCGCAGUGUUUCCUCGUUUAGUCAGUUCCCAGUUUCUGAGUGGAAAAUAUUUGGCAGUUUAUCCAAGGGGAGAGAAGUAUCUUGUGGUGCUGGUUCUGAGCAUAAGGAGUUUUGAGACUGGCUGAUUUCUCAGGAGCAAGAAUCAACAUUUCAACAGCUUUCACUCUCCUUCUGGCUUUACAUUAAAAUAUUUUUGUAGGAUGGACUUAGAGCUCAUGAUGAGGCUGCGCCAGGCCAGCCAGGACCUUCUGCAGAGGCUGAGAAUGAAGCAGGAGAAGAUGAGAAAAGAACUUCCCAGAAAGCAUCUCCUUCCAGCAUCUCAUCAUGGCAUUGCAUCUGCUGAGAGAUUGAUCCCCUUGUCCAGGAGAGUGGAGGAAAAUCGGGCUGAUGCAGUAAAAUCUGAGCCUGGAAUAAAGGUGUCUGUGGAGCCCAGAGCUGGCCCAGCCCUCAGUUCAUCUCCUGAACACAGCAGCAGUGCCAGAGGGGUGCAGCAACAGCAAGUGAAGACACAGGAAGGAGCAGGUCUUGAUUCCAACUUCCCUGGGAAAGAGAAGAAUGUUAUGCCAAUGUCUGCAGUCAUGUGUGGCAGAGAAAACUCCAGAGUGGAUGAGGAUGGUGGUGCUCAAGGAAGUCCAGAGAAAGAAUCCUCCUUCCUGGGGCAUGGAGAGAACAGAAAAGAGUCUGCUCUGCUGCAUGGUUUCCAUGAGAAGUGUCAUCCAGGGCUAUCACUGAGCAGAGUGCAAAAUAAAGAGACUGGUGAGCAGCACAUGGUCAUCAGAGAGCCCCACGGCCCUAAAUCAGUCUUGCUGAUGCCUCAGUCCAAGGACUUGAAGAAGGAAACUCGCCGUGUGACUUUCCAGCCUGACCAUGAAGAAGAUGCCAUACCUGUCAGCAGCUGGUCUGCCCAUCCUUUCCUGGGCUAUGACUGGAUUGCAGGGCUUCUUGAUACAAAGUCUCCAGUAACAGAAAAAUCUGAGCAAUACUUUGCUGAGCUGCAGGAGUUCCGACAGUCCAACAGAGAAACCUGCAUUCACCAGCAGCACCUGGAGCCUGAGGAUUACACAGGUCCUGAACAAGAACUGGAUUUGAUAAUUGGUUCUCAUAAGUGUGUUUACUGCUAUGGAUUGAACGAGCGUCUCUUCACCAUCCCUGUGGAUUCAGAAGCUGCCUGCCCUGUGUGUAAGAUCCCACGUAGCCACCAGCCCCCAGGGACUCUGAAGGAGCCAACCCAUGUCAGGGUGAGCAUUCCCAGGGGGGCCCUUUUGCCAGCCCACAGGUACCGAGCCCAUCGCAGGAGGAGCUUCCAGCCAGCAGAUGACCUUGCACUGUCCUCGCAUUGCCUGGCUGGCUGGGAAAACAUGGUUCCUUCCAGCAGCACCCUGCUCAGCAGUUUGGAUCUGAGAGCCUCACUGGAAGAGAAACCUUCUCCCUACCCUUACCUGGAUCCAGUGUCCAGAUUGUCAGGAGAAGCCAGAACUGACAAGGUCCUGCACUGCCUCACUUGGCACACCUGAGGUUUAGCAGAGCCAACCAGGACAGCAGGCAGCAGCCCUCAGCUCAGAUCCCCUCAACACUCUGGAUCAUGACUGCCUGUGGAAGGGAUGAGCACAGCAUGUGGAAACAACUCAGAAACAAAGCAGUUUGGAUAAAAAUAAAUCUUUGGACAGAUUUUCCCCA